CACACACACACACAUUAACAAGAAGAAGGCAGGACAGCAUCUGCCGCAACAUAUGCUUAAGACGUCCGAGCUUAGGACGGGAACAUGAAGGCAACAUCCGUUACUUCUGGCGCGAGUCUCUCUCCAAGGUGCUGGACUGCACAGCUCUCUCUGUAGCUAACUGCUACCUGGAUGAGCUGCUUUUUCUAAGCAGCCACAAUGAGGGGACAGGAAAACCAACCAGCCAGGCCAACAGCAGAUUCAGAUGUGUUUCCUGUGGUGUUUCCAUCAGGCUUCCUGUCUGUGCCGCUCUUCAACCAGAAGAAAAGAAACAGAGUUCCUUUGACAUCUACUCCCUCUUUGAAUGAAUUCUUUUCUCACAGUGAAUACAUGGCAGGCACCAGCUUGGCUACAUCUCACAGUACAACAGGUACUUCUGGAUGUUACCAGACCUCAGGUCCGUCUUCUGGUGCUUCACAAAGGCACCAGUGGAACAAACAGGGUGUCCCACAGUCUACUCAGCCCCAGCAGUAUGACAGCAAUAGACCUGCCCCUGGACCUGCCCCUACAAGGAGAGCCUAUGCACCCAUGCCACAUCCAUACAAAGCUGCAAGCACAAGCCCCAAGACAGGACAAUUUAGCUACCCAGUCAGACAACAGGAUUCCAGCUCCAGUGUUAAUUCCAGACAGAACAAAUAUCAAGCUCCCUCCAGCAGUGAGAGUGCACAAAGCCAGCCAACACCCCAUACUGGGGUCUCUCAGAAGAGUAAGCAAUUAUCUUGCAGACCGCCCAAUCCCACACAUCAAUAUCCCCAGCAGUCUAGACCUCUGCGUCCUCCUGUCCCACCUCUCAGUGGGCCUUCUGCUCAUGCAGUGCAGCCCCAAAACAACUCCUGGAAAUUUAACAACAGCUUUGGGCCUCAGAGGUCCCCCUUUGAGGGAAAAGGGAGCUCAUAUCAACCUCAGACUGCAAGACCAGCUCAAAAACAGGAAACAUGUCCAGUGAAGCCAGCCAUUGAGAACUCACUGAGGAUCCUGACUGCAGUCAUCGAUGGCAUGAGACACUGGAGCCAGUUUAAAGACAAAGUGCCAUAUUUAUUUGAGAUAUUUGCUACUCUAGACUCUGCCGUUACACUGGGUACCCAUGGAGCCAAGACCUUCCUCAUGAGAGAUGGGAAGGAGACAGUGCAGUGUGUCUUCUAUGAAAAUGAGCAGGAACUGCCCCGUCUCAUCCGUGGUCAAGUUCAUCGCUGUGUGGGUAACUACGACCGCAGCAGAGAUGUCCUCAAGUGUGUGUCCGUUAGGCCUGGCCUGCCCUCAGAGCUGAGGAAUGCCCAUGAGGCUGUAAAAGCCUGCGAUGCAGAAAUGAGGGUGCUGGUCAAAUCACUCAGUGAAGUUUGAGCAUGAGUGCAUAUCUUCAGUAUUAUAAGUCUGGUAGGAAGGAAGUUUCCCAGUAUUUGAUGAUGGUCUGUAAGAGCCAAGCAAAAUCCAGUGGUUUUAAUAAGUAUGUUUGAGGUGUUAUUUCAGUUUCUGAAGGGGUGAUGUUGCCAUUUGGCAUAUGCAAGCAAAAUGCACUUGUACUUUAACAGUUGAAUUCACUUGUAUGUUCUGGCAUAGAUGUUUUCGUAUUUAUUUGUGAAACAAUUCUAUAGAGUUAUAUAGAAUUAUAAAGAGUAGUUUCAUUCAACUUCAAUGGAAAGUAAAGCUUCUCUUUUUGUAAGUUCUGAAAUACUUUUAU